UGUGUGAAAAAUUAUUUUCAUGUUCUUUUGAAUACAAAAAUGGCUGCCGAUCAACAAAACUUUUCCAAAAUGAUUUCGGCACAGCUACGCAUCCAAUCAAACGAAUUUUUGAACUCAAGAAAACAUGCGAAUAAUCUCGCUGAUAUCCUACAAAUGUUUGAGGCUGAAACGGAGAAUUAUACGCCGCUGUUGCUUACAAUCGAAGUCAUAUUCACUGAGCUUUUGAAACGGGGUGACUUGGUUCAACACAUCGUCCCAUUAAAACCAAUAGACACCAGCCCGGAAGCCGAGUACAAGCGAUGGCUGAAUGAGUGCUAUGAGGCAGCCAUAUCCCGUGCACUCCAGUGCAUGAAGUGUGGACGCACCAGCUCACGCUUACAGGCUCUUGUUACUGCCUGCAAAUUGAUGCAGGCUGAAGGAAAAUACCCACUGGAGCCUACCACUGGCUAUUACUUCCCUUCUGUCCGACUUAAGAAUAUAUUCACAGUGCUGCUGGACUCUGAAAUCUCGAUGUCCUCACAAAUAGCGCGUUUCCAAGAGUUCACAGAGUACAGAGAUGUGCAACAACAUGGACUUAAAGUUCUCUCUGCCAUCGCUUAUCGCAAAUCUCCCACUCAGAUAUACAUGCAGAAUUUCCUGGAACUUCUUGACAAACUGAUGGCCACAGAGAUACCCACUGAGAACAAGCCCAAGCCUAAAGACAGAGACAAUGAUAAUGAGAAAGAGAUGAAGGUGCUUUGUGCUGCUGAUGGCAAACCCCAUUUUCCGUACAACCCAUCUAUAUGCCGUCGCUGCGCCAACCGUUGUUGGACUUUCGCGUGCUUAUGGCCACUAUGUGAAGAUUCGCGCACACACCGCCGCGCCUUACUUCUACUAGUAGAACGACUAAUGCCUCUCCUCAACAAGCCACAUCUCGCCACUGAUAUGCUCUGUGACAGUCUUGAUGCGGGUGGACCAAUCAGCAUGCUAGCUCUGCAAGGUGUGUUAGAGCUAGUGAGACGUCACAACAUUGAGUACCCGGACCUGUACGACCGCCUUUAUGCCAUGUUUGAACCUGAAAUGUUCGCGACCCGGUACAAGAAACGACUUGUACACCUUGCGGACAUAUUCCUCAGCUCUACACAUUUGCCCGAAAGCCUCGUGGCAGCGUUUGCCAAACGUCUCUCGCGUCUCGCGCUCGUGGCCUCUCCAGAAGACGCCGGGGCUCUGCUUCAGUUGGUUGCCAACUUAUUACUGAGGCAUCCCGCUCUGAAACGUAUGAUCUGCUGUGAGGACACACCGGCUAUCAUGUCCAACGACCCGUACGUGAUGGAAGAGGCUCACGCGGCCAGAUCCCGCGCAUUGGGUUCGUCCCUAUGGGAGGUCCGCGCGUUGCGGCGCCACUGGGAGCCCGCCGUGAGCCGCGCCGCCGCCCUGGUGCUGCGCGCCGCCGAACAAAGGGACCGCCCCGUUGACCUCGCGCCCGACCAAGAAACCGCUUUGUUCGACGCGGAACUAAAGAAGAGAUUCAAAGCGAUCGAGAUCAACUUCAUCCGACCGCAGAGCCUGGCUUUGCCUUCCGGGGAACGACUGUUGCAGUACUGGGAGUUUGCAUGAACUUAUGUUCAAGUAUUCUGAGAUACAACCUUAAACAUUUUGGCUCCCAAUGGUUCAAAUGAACUACACUACGCGUCGUCAACCGAUAGACGUCCAUUGCUGGUCUCUUAUAGGGACUUCCACCCGUGGUGGUCUUACGCCAGCGGCUCCCUACCAAGAAUAUUCUGAUCUGGAUAUGGAUAUGAAAAGAAAUAAUAUUAUACCGGUUUCAGAUACGGCUAUGAAAUUAUUUCGGAUCAUCCUUAUGAUUCGGAUAGUUUUGGUUAUAGGUAUUAGAGUUCUAACAAAUUGUAAAAGUAAAAUAAAAAGAUAAAUAGUUACACUUUAUUUCUAGGUUAUUAUUUGGCAUAUAAUACCAUACACUUGGUAAACACGUCACAUUUAGACUCUGCCUUUAUCCGAAAUUAUUCGAAACUUUUAUAUCAGAUAUGGUUAUGGUUACGGAUUAUUUUUAUUUCGGAUAUCCGAAUUGACCACCUAGUGGGUGCUUUCUGCGCUUCUAGUGUGAGGUCGCCAUUCCAGCACCCUGGGACACCAACGUCUAUCGGUUCUUCAAAAAGAAAGAUUUGUGAAAAUCUUUCUUUAAAGGUCUACAAGGUCUACUUGUAGAAAGAAUCUGCAUGCAAAAUCUCAAGUUUCUAGACCCAGCUAUUUGAGAUGUACGUUGAUAUAUCAGUCAGAUUAUCCUUUAGUAUGUUACUGUAAAACGUUGCAAUUGUUUAUAUUAUCUAAAUUCUAGGUGUGACAACUUUUUCUUACAUUAGGUUCGGUUUUCGUAAACUCUAACUAUUGACUUGACUUGAAAAUUGAAGUGGAUACUUCUAAUGAUGCUGUAUGACAAAAAAAUUGAUAUUAAGAGUUUUGAGAGUAAUUGAGUCAAAGAUUUAUAUACUGUAGCCGAUUAGUUUUACUUUCUUUAAAUAGUUUCAUAUAGUAUGGAAGUAGGAAAGUUAGAAUCACCCUACAGAAGAAUCAAAAUUAAAUGAUCGACACGCUUUGAUCAUUUGAUUUUGACAAUUAACUUAUAAAAUCCAGAAAAUGCAUGUCGAAACUUUUUCCUGUAUACUGCCGUUUCAGUAUACAGAUAUUUUGUUAAUGACUUGAAAUCUAAAAAAAAAAUACGCAGGAAAACUGGUUUUAUGUU